AUGCUCGACCGCAUCACCACUACGCCGGCUGGUGCCGCCGAGAACCCCAAGGAUGGGCAGGAGAGCACUCGCAAGCCGUCGGCAGAGGUCCAUCGCGCGCAGCCGGCCUCGGGCGAAUCGACCGACAACGACAUCCUUGGCGAGACGAGCGACGAGCUCCGCGACGACAGGCUGAAGCAGAUCGCGGCCGAGGGCAAUGCGCACUUCCAUCGCCUUGGCUGGAAGCGUCUUGCGAUUGUCACCAUCGUUGAGGCCGUUGCCCUUGGCGCCCUCAGCCUGCCCUCGGCGUAUGCUACGCUCGGCAUGUUCCCUGGCGUGUUCCUCACCAUUACGCUGGGCAUGCUCGCCAUCUUCACGGCAUACAUCGUCGGCCAGGUCAAACUGGCGUACCCCGAGAUUUCACACUACGCCGAUGCCGGACGGGUUCUUUUCGGCCGCUUCGGCUACGAAUUGUUUGGCGCUGGCCUCGUUCUCGAGCUGGUCAUGGUGGUCGGCUCCCACGCACUUACCGGCAGCAUCGCGCUGAGCAACCUCAAUGGCGGACAUGUCUGCUCCAUCGCCUUCUCCGCCAUUUCGGCCGUCAUUCUCCUGAUUCUCGCAAUUCCGCCCUCCUUCACCGAGGUCGCCAUCCUGGGCUACAUCGACUUUGGAUCUAUCCUUGCGGCCGUCGCCAUCACCAUCAUCGCAACUGGCAUUCAGGCCCACGAUGCCCCGGGUGGCCUCUCAGGGGUGGAAUGGUCCGCCUGGCCCAAGGAGGAUGUUAGCUUCACCAAGGCUUUCGUCGCUGUGAGCAACAUUAUCUUUGCCUUUAGCUUUGCGAUCGGACAGUUUUCCUUCAUGGACGAGAUGCACACGCCUAAGCAUUACAUGAAGUCCAUCUGGGCAUCCGGCUUUGCCCAGAUCGCCAUCUAUACCCUGACUGGCGCGCUCUGCUAUGCCUUUGUGGGCAAUAGCGUCCAGUCUCCCGCGCUCUUGUCGGCGGGCCCGACCAUCUCGAAGGUCGCCUUCGGAGUAGCCCUCCCCGUCAUCUUCAUUUCCGGCUCGAUUAAUUCGACCGUGGCGCUGCGCUAUAUCCACGGGCGCGUGUGGAAGAAGUCUAUUGUGCGGUACAUCAACACGUCGAAGGGAUGGGCCGCAUGGAUUGGCGAGGUGACCGUGUUCACGAUUAUCGCGUGGGUCAUUGCUGAGGCAAUUCCCAUCUUCUCGGACCUGCUUUCCCUCGCCUCGGCGUUGUUUGUGUCGGGAUUCUCAUUCUGGAUCCCUGCUAUCAUGUGGUUCAAGCUGCUCUGCAAGGGCCAUUGGUUCUCCAGGGAGAACUGCCUCAUCAGCUUGGGCUGCAUCCUGGCCUUUAUCGUGGGAGUGGUGACGCUAGGUGCGGGUACCUACGCGACCAUUGACGACAUCAUUAAGAUGACUCGCGAUGGAACUGCUCAUGAGCCCUUUGCAUGCCGACGGAGUUAG